AUGAAGAUUCCAGCUCCCCAACAACUCCAACAACUCCACGUCUCCCUUGACGGGGGUCAUUAUGAGCCUGUAACAACUUUUGACCCCGCAAAGGCUACGUAUCUCCAAGACCAGGAGGCUCUCCAGGAAAACCUGUUGCGGUUAUGCUCCGUCAACGGAUGGCAUAAAAGUUCUAGAGCAGCUUGCUCUCCUCGGCCAGUUCUCGUCAGCUCGGAGCACCAACGGCGAUGGAGGGAGCUUCAUGAAGCUCUAGUCCUAGCUAUAACCGACAUUGUCGAAAGAUGGUUGACGGACCCCGAGGCUAGAUUCCCGGAACGGAUGCCUUUGGAACCGGAGGAGGAAGAUCUACUGCGCUGGAUUGAUGAGCAAGUGCCUCACAACCUUCCGCAGUACCGAGACUGCCGGGGCUCAUGGAGACCCGACUUCCUGGUGGAAGAGGAAAACAGUGAAGACGGCUCUGGGCCUGUCGAGAACUUCCGCAUCAGUGAAAUCAAUGCCCGAUUCUCCUUUAAUGGCUUUAUGUUCGCCACAUGCGGACAGCAAGCAAUUCACGACAUGGGUAUUUGUGACAAUGGCAAUGGCCUGGUAGGCGCCACUGAUCCGGCGAAGAUCCUCAAGGGUCUUUUAAGGCUGUUCCAGCCCGGUCUUCCAUUGCACCUUUUGAAGGGCGAUGAAGCUGGAGUUGACAUCCAUAUGCUAGUGGACUUCCUCGACCGUUAUUUGGGAAUUACCCACCGCUUCAUUAUGCCUGCAGAUCUGAGACUACUUCACGAACCUCAGGCAAAAGGGGGCUACAAACUCUGCUGUGUAGUCAAAAACCCGGAUAGCUGCGACCCUGCUACAUUGAUCUAUCAUGAUGGAGAUAUCCUGGAGGAGAUUCAUCAGGUCGGUCUGGAGCUUCACCAACGAGAGAUCCGUGCCUUGGAGCCGGAAAUGCUCCGGCAAAUUAGUCUCAGAUGCUUUAACGAUAUGCGCACAAUUCUGCUCGUUCACGAUAAGAGAAUGCUAGGCAUUGUCAAACAGGAACUUGAGAAUUUAGUAGCAAGAAACGUUCUUACACUGUCCCAGGCGAAGAUUCUGGACAAGGGCAUCCCAGAAACAAUCCUCCCGGGGUCGUUGGACCUCGAUCAGGCAAUUGCACGCUGCAAGGAAAUGCCAGAGCUAAAAGAUGAAUACAUUCUCAAGCCUAUUCGGAGUGGAAAAGGCGACGGAAUUGUGUUUGGCGAAGAUCUGAACUCGGAGGAGUGGAUUUCAAGAUUAGAGGGUCUAUGGUCAGCUCAAUUGAUCCCGGGUGGAGGAACCUGCAUUGUCCAACGCAAGGUGAAACAGCUCUUGUACGACGUGGUGUUAAGACCGACCGGCGUCAAGACUAGAUAUCCGCUCAUUGGAACUUACCACUCGAUAAAUGGUGAGUUCCUAGGAGUCGGGGUUUGGCGUAGCAGUCCGGAUCGUAUCUGCGCGAUCAGUCAUGGAGGUGCAUGGACGGUUUCUGUUAUGCGUGAUGAAUAG